UAGAAAAAUUGUGAGUACUCAAACAGAAAGAUUGUAUCGACAAGAACAAUUUAGAAGAAUAGAUCCUUCUAUUGAUAAUAGUUACAAAGAAACUAGAGAACUAUUAUUAUCUACUAGUCAAAGCUUUAAUAUAUUAAUAUUAUCUGCUGAAGAUUUAACUACAUUAUUUUUAGCAAUAGCAUUAAAUUAUAGUUCUGAAGAUAGUGAAACUGAACAAGAAAAUAAUUUUGAAGAUUUAUCUUUGAUAAAAGAUACUGGACUACUUGAUGAUAUAGAAUUAGAAGAUAGUGAUAUUGAAGAAGAAACAAUUUUAAGCUUUAAAAGUACUAAAGCAUAUACUCAACCAAAUUCAAAAUAUAUACCAUACUCUAUAUUAUCAAAUAUAUUUAAAGAUUCUUUAACAAUUCAAUGGGUUUUAUUAUAG